GAUGCCACAAUUGAAAGUCUUGAAUCUUACAGGUUGUGCUGACCUAUUGAUAAGCCCUGACCUGUCCUCUUUCACAGCCUUGGAGAUAUUGAUUCUAGAACGAUGUUCUCAACUAAUGAAGUUAGAUCCUUCCAUCCGUCAUCUAAAAUACCUGGCUUCCUUAAAUUUGAGGUUCUGCAAUGAACUCAGUAUGCUGCCAAUUGAAUUGAGUCACCUAAAAGCUCUUAAGGAGCUCCUUAUUGAUGGGACUUCAGUACAAGAAAUUCCCGUGUCAAUGGGUUACAUGGAGCGACUCGAGAUUUUUAGUGCCUCCAACUGUCUCCAAUUAAGUCACCUGCCUGAUUCGCUUUGUCACUUGACAGCUCUUUCAGUACUGUUGCUAGAACAUGCAGAAAUUACACGAAUCCCUGACUCAGCUGGAACGCUGGUGAAACUUCGAGACUUGUCUCUAAAGGAUUGUCGUUGGAUAGAAAGACUUCCGGAUUCAAUUCAAAAGUUGAAAAGGUUAGAGCAGUUAGAUAUAACAGGGACAGGGAUAUCUAAAUUGCCCAAUUCAAUUACUUGCUUGAGGUGUUUAAAAGUGUUGAAAAUGGAUUCUUGUUUCAUUAGAGAAUUGCCUAGAGAAAUUGGAAAUCUAGCCAACCUUGAAGAAUUACAUGCUUCGUACUGUAGGAGUUUGAAGGGAGCCAUUCCCAAGGCUAUUAAGAGUCUAGAUCAUCUGAAGAUACUGAGAUUGGGACAUUCCAGUAUUUCUGGCCUACCUUCGGAAAUUGUUAGUCUUUCUUGUCUUCAGACGCUUGAUUUACUUCGGUGCAACAAGAUUCAAGCACUGCCAGAGCUUCCCUCCAGUUUAACUUGUCUGCGUGUGAGUUCUGAAAGGAUGAAGGCCUUGCCAGAUCUUAAGUUUAUGGUGAAGUUGGAGGAGAUAUGCCUGGGUGAUACAGAUCCUAAGGAGCUCAUAUGUGCCUCAACAUGGAAGAAGCCAAGAUCUAGGUUGAGAGAUACCUUGGUUGUGCCUGUAGGACUCCCAAAACUGAAGAUAUUAGAGUUGUCUCAUUCUAAAAUCAGUAGCCUUUCCCUGUCAUGUACACAUCUGAAGAAACUAGUUCUAUCUGGCGUAAAUCUUCAAGUCUCAGUACUUCCCGUAUCAUUGUCUGUUUUAUCUAUUCAGCGUUGUUUUUCUUUGAAAGGAUUGCCAGCGGUUGGAAAUUUGAGGACGCUAUCAGAAAUAAAUCUCAUCCAAUCAGCAGUAGAAGAGAUCAAGGGGCUUGAAGGACUAAUUGCUCUGGAGGUCCUGAAUAUAGCGUACUGUGAAAUACGAAAUCUCAAUGGGCUGGGACAAUUAAGUGCUUUACGAAGAUUGAUUUUGUCAGACUGUGAUUCACUUGAUGAAUUACCGGAUAUAUCGGACUUGAAGAUGUUGAAUGUCCUAGAAGUCCAAAGAUGCAAGAUCCAUGAUAUUGAAGGCCUUAAAGAGUUAACCUCCUUAGAAGUGCUGCAUGUUAGUGAAUGCGAGGCAGAAAAAACACAGCAAGUACAGGAUGCAUUAAAGCGUGUGAUGGCAUGAUCAAUAAACUCUUGAUGUUCUGUGCUUUUGAGUGCAUAUUCUAUAAUUCAGAUGGCUCUUCAGACCCAAUCAAAAGCAUACAGCUGUGGGGGGGGCGCAACAUCAUUGAAGUCCAACCUGAAAUUGAGUUGGCAAAGUGGCACCACAAUUGCAGGAGCUGCAAUUUGAAAUGUGGCACCAAAAGCCUUUCGAGUCCUUCAUCUGUCAAAAGCGAACCAAGUGCCAUAAACAACCACCCUUGCUCAACCUCACAGAAUUAUCCAACUACAAAGAGAUUUGGAAAAUCAGAGGCGGAAUUUUCUUGUCUCAGAGGCAUCUCCAAUUCUAAGACGGUACACAUGAACAUGAUGCAGGGGCACAGUCGGUAGCUCUCACAUGGGAUCGGACCCCCCAUGCAACUGGUUGUCUGGCAUGUCAUAUGCAGGAGAUGUAGAUCAGAUACUACGUUUAGGGUAAGACAUGCUCAGACGAGGUAAUAAUAAUGAUUUCUUCCUUGACCAAAAUUUAUGAUUUGAUUGACUGUUAGAAACUCUCCUCUUUUGCUCAAGCUCAGUGAGUGGUUAUGAAAUACACCUAUUUUCCAGGGUUCUGUUACUCUUUACCUGUGAAGAAAGACUUAUUAGCCUCGGAUUGAUGGAGACUCUUCCUCAUGGAAUGAUAUUGUUUCUCAGGUUAAUAGUUAUCUGAGAGGCAACACUAUGCGGAUUAUAGUCUUUAAACUAGGCCAAAAUGCGUCAGUUUACUACACUUGGAGAACCAGAAAUCAAAGUUCAAUCGUCCUGGUAAUCACAUUUGUAUUGAGAACAUUUCAAUUGUUUUUAUGCUGAUUAAAUGCGAAUGACACGCCCCAGAUUACUGCCCCUCUA